AUGGAGCGAAGCCACCGGCCCCCGCCGCUCAACCUCACCCCUCCCGGCUCCCAGCGCAACUCCCGCCAGUCCAGCGUCUCCCGCAUCACAAUAUCUGUCAAGGGCCAAUCGCCCACGACGAUAUCGGUUUUCGAAGAGGACACCGAUGACUGGAACACGGGGCAAUACGUGACGGCCUUGAGGGUAUUUUCGGACUUUGUCCAUAUUCUUACCUGCAUGAUUCUUCUGCUCAUCAUGGCUUUCUUCCUCAACUAUGAUGAUGGAGCCAUUAGCGGACCUUUCGGUGCGCCUGCAGUCUUCCUCUUAGUCCUGCUGGGCUUAGACAUCAUUCUAGAUUUCCAGUCAAUCGGACGUUACGACAAGAUGUGGAAGGGCUGGGCCCUCGUGCUCCGGCUCGUCUUUGGCAUGGGGUACACGUCUACCUUUAUAGCGUACAUCGCCAUGGGACGCGCGUUUCCCGCUGAAUACAGCUAUUGGGGCCUCACGGCACAGUAUGCUACACCGAUGGUGUACAUUUUCCUUUGGAUACUCGGUGUCUGGAAUCUGGUCUACUGCGCCAUCAGCCGCCGCCAAUUCACCAACGAGAUAAGGAGAUACCGCGCUGCUCUCUCCGGUGAUGAGCAGACAUCAAACACCAGGACUAUCAAGUUCGGGUCCGCCAGGCAGUGGGAUGCUGAGGCUCGUGCCGGGAUGCCCAGGCCUGCUGUUAUUAGGUCCUAA